CUGGGAUAGAAAGGUCGUUGAGACCAUUCGGUAGUUUAAAAUAGCGCUAGUAACAUUUCCAAUUUUAUUCUGUCAAAUAUAUUGCCAAGUUAAAACUUUUACCACGUUUCCAAAUUCGAAUCUUGUUUUCGCCCGACUUGAUUUUCAGUUGUUAUUGAUAUUUAUAAAUGUUUUAAAUUGUGUACAACUAAAAUAUAUAUUUUAAAUAGUAAUAAUGAGGCGAAAUAUAGUGUAUUAUGAUACCCCAUAUUCGGAUGAUGAGGAAGAAUAUUAUUACGGCGUGAGAGACUACCACAAUCUUAGGCGUGAAUCCAAAAUGGCCAUUUUUGGAAAAUCUUUUCAUUCGGUGACGGAUAAACGAUCUCACCAUAGUGGAUGUGGGGAGAACAGCCUCACAAUAGUCUCAGAUAAGAAGAUAGAAGAUGAAUCAUCAGACUCCUCCAGUGGUGAAAACGUUGAAAUCGAAGACAAAGAACCAAUGUCGAUAGCGAAGGCUGCCCUUGAGUCGAUAGACAUGGGUCAUGCUGCGCAGUGCUCGUGUCCUAACUGUGAUGAAGUACUGUCCAGAUUUUCUGAAUGCAGUAUAUGCUUGGAGCCAUUGCAGUGUUUUGGCCCCUGUGUAUGUCCUUGGUGCGGUGGAGUGUGGUGCGCUCGUUGCUCACGUCGUAUGUCUAGAUGUGCGUGGUGCAGGGGGUCUUUACGAGCGCCAGCCACGCCGUGCCUCGCCUUGCAGAGAUUGAUCAACGAUCUAAAGUUGCCUUGUCGGAACUACAGACGAGGUUGCACAGAACUUCUCACCGCCACUGUGAGAUCGAAACACGAAGAAAACUGCAAAUUCGACUCCAUGAUGUGCCCGGUCACUACCAACUGCUGCUCCCUACCCUUCGAGGAACUCUCCGUCCAUCUCCAAGCGAUACACAACAUCAUCGCCGUCUACUCACAAAAGAUCAAGAUUUUAAUAGAAAAUUUCCAAACGAAAUUGAAGAAAACCGCCUGCUGUAGAACUAAAUACAAGAUCUUAUUGCUACAUCAAAAAAGUGCCUUCAUAAUCAAAGUUUGCAUCUACAAUUACCAUGUCAGAGUUGAAGUCAUGAGAAGAAAAUUAGGUUAUGUUGCCGACGCUAAGAAUGAUAACAAAAAGAGCGAAUACUAUGCAUUAGUUGAGUUCCAAAGUAAAGCAUUAAGCACCAAGUCUGCCAUACUCAUAGAAAAUGAGACGUAUGCUAAAAAGGCUGAGGUACAAUGGAAUGACGUUAUAAUGAAGUCAGAUAAUGAUGAAGCCAUUACUAUACAUGUAAAUAUUGGAAAAGCUGACGCAGAGACGCGAAAGGACUUAUUGCUUCCAGAAUCAUAAUUGAAUAGUGGUGUUGAAAAUGGAAAUGUGAUCUUUAUUAAGGCUGAAUUUCCAAAGACAUUGAACAACGAGAAAUAUUAUUGAGCAAAGGAAUAAGUUUACUCGUUUGUACAGUUGUGAAAUGUUACGAAAACAAUGAUUUUAGCCAAUUCGUGGAUUGACAUUGAGUUUGCAGCCAAACGUGACUGACGUAGCCUUAAGUCUAGUCUAAGUUAAUUUUAAGUAAUGACUUUUAAUGGAAUAAAUCGUAGUAUUUUUUAUAA